UUUCGGAUGAUCUGUGUGAAAUACUGCGAUCUCUUGGACAUUAUCAGUAGAUGAAUCUGCUGAGGAUGAGUUCGAAUAAUAUUUCGGCCCUAUCAGUGAAAAACAACACAGAUAUACCAUGGCUCUACGAUAUAAGUUUGGAGGAUACGAACUGGAUAAUUACCAGCGCGUUUAUGAUUUUUACGAUGCAAACUGGAUUCGGAAUGCUAGAAUCAGGUUGCGUAUCCAUAAAAAAUGAAGUGAAUAUUAUGAUGAAGAAUGUAGUGGACAUAGUUCUUGGUGGACUAACCUACUGGUUUUUCGGGUUUUCUAUGUCAUUUGGAGGGAGUCCCAUGAACAAUGGAUUUAUUGCUUUUGGGGAUUACUUUGUAGAUCCACCCUUGGACGAAAAACUGAAAGGAGCGAUAUACGCAGCUUUCAUAUUUCAGCUUUCAUUUGCUACUACGGCAACUACCAUAGUCAGUGGAGCUAUGGCUGAACGAUGCAAUUUCAAAGCUUACUGCAUCUUCAGUUUCCUCAACACAGCCAUAUACUGCAUCCCAGCUGGCUGGAUGUGGGGUGAACAUGGUUUCUUGAAACAGAUGGGAGUGGUAGACAUCGCAGGAUCUGGCGCUGUUCAUCUUAUCGGUGGUAGUUCCGCUAUGGCCAGUGCUAUCAUGUUGGGACCACGUCUAGGUCGCUACGACAAUGGAAUCAAGCCUCUUCCUUUGGGGAAUCCUGUGAAUGCCGUUAUGGGUCUAUUUGUGCUUUGGUGGGGAUGGUUGGCUUUCAAUUCUGGUAGUACAUAUGGGCUCAGUGGUGAAAAAUGGCACUACGCAGCUAGAGCAGCUGUCAUGACAAUGAUGGCAUCAUUUGGGGGCGGAACCAUGAGUAUUUUAUAUUCGUUGUCGCGUCUGAAAGGAAAACUGGAUGCUAUGGAUGUUAUCAACGGCAUCUUAGGUUCUUUGGUGUCAGUUACAGCAGGUUGUUUCCUUUACAAAGGUUGGCAUUCAAUCAUCGUAGGAGCUGCAGGAGCAUUAUUCACCUGCUUGUCAAUGCCUCUUUUCGAUAUGGCAGGUAUUGAUGAUCCAGUAGGUGCCAGCGCUGUUCACGGUGUAUCGGGACUUUGGGGUGUUCUAGCUGUUGGAAUUUUCGCAGAGAAUCCUUAUCCAUUGGACACAACAAGUGGAAGAUCUGGACUGCUGAAUGGUGGUGGUUGGUAUCUUCUUGGCGUUCAAUCGUUGGCAGCAUUGUGCCUGAUGACGUGGGGGAUACUAUCAAGUUUCAUCCUCCUCUGGCUCAUAAAUCAAUUCGUCAGGAUAAGGAUGGAGGUACAGGAUGAGCUGUUAGGCGCCGAUUUAACUGAACACUUCGUGAGACACGGCAACGUCGGUGUGUCCAGGGCCUUAUCCGCACUGAGAAGUGUUUACGACACCAGCGAAAUAGAAAAAUUGAACGGCAUUGGCUACAAUCCUGGACACGAGAAGAAUCUGGAAAUGGUCAAAAAGUUGGCGAAAACGAAGAAAUACCGUCUAUCGAAAAUUCUGAACGAUUUGACGAGGAAUAAGAAACUGGGAUGUAACUCACCCAAAUCUCUGAUACCCAGAGGGAGAUUCAGGAAGAAGAUGAAUGUUUCUAAUGGACAAGACGUGAAGAAUGAAGUGAAUGGAACCAAAAACAGUAUAAUAUUCAAAUAUGAACCUCCCACUAGGAAUAUGAGUACUGCAGACACUACUGUAUCGACGUUAACUUGGGUCAACUAGGGAUCCAGUAUUUCCAAUUGCGAAGGAACAAUUCUUCAGAUUUCAACCAAGGAAAAAAUAAUGGGGAUAAUAAUGAAGUUUUUGAAAUUGUAAAUAAAUCUUUGUUGAAUCGAAAA